AUGGCACCUUUGUCCAUUGCCGUAGCGAGUUUCGCAAACAUGUUUUGUGUCGGUACCAUAUAUGCUUUGAGCAUGCUUCAAGCAGAGCUACCCCGACUCUUCAAAACAUCAAAUUCAUGGGGGUCUGCACCAUUCGGCGUAUCAAGCUUGGGCCUCUCCAUCGGGUUAUCGACGUGUUCCUGGACAAUAGCGCAGCGCGGAGCUGUUCUCACCGCCGCAAGAGGCACCGCGCUUUGGGGCUAUGCUGUGGUUUGCGCCGGUUUCUUCCUUGGACGUCUGAACCUGGAGCUUAUGAUCCUAUCUUUUUUCACAGGGGGCGUGGGCGUUGGAUGGACCUAUCUUGGUGUUGUCGUCAUGGUCAGUCAAGGGUUUCCCAACCUCGCACUGGCUCGGAGUGCUAUUGGCCCAAUGGGAUUUUCCUCGGGCACAGCAGCCUGUAUUUCUCUGUCGUCGAUUUUCAAAUUUGGUACCCUCGAUUCAGCAGAGCUAGGGCACGUCCUCAUGAUUGCCGGAGCGACAUUCUUGGCUGUUGGAGUAGCUACCGAGCUAUUGAUGCCCGAGCAUAUUCGAAAGAUCCAAUCCCCGACCUUUGGGAAAGCUCCGUUCAGGGACUCGGAACGGUUCUUUUCCAUUCUACUCUUCUUCAACGCGCUGCCCGGAAUGACAGUCUUCGCUGCUCUGCUACCACUUGCCUCCUACUAUUCCAGAGAAGCAGAGUGGGCUUCUUCGCAAUUUCUGCCGUAUAGUAUGCUUUCUCUUGCAUCUGGGGGUAUUUUGGCGCCCAUUUUCAGUGCUCAACUGGGAGGAAGGACCGCUUUUGUGGCCUUGCUUUGCAUACGUGGUCUCCUGCUCAUCCUUCUUGCGCACCUUGCAACGCCCAAGCAGGCAAUGUUGACGCUGUUGGCUAUUCUUUUUCCCACGGCGUAG